CAGCUACCUCCUAAAACAGAGCAACAAGAAUGGAGAAUGAAGAACUGUUGGUUCUGCAAGAACAAGAAGAAGCAGCAGCAGUCGUCGCCGAGGCCGGAGCCAGAGAAAGUAGUGUGACCCACGGAGGGAGGUACGUGGAGUACAAACUUCUUGGAAACAUCUUCCAUGUAUCCUCCAAAUACGUCCCUCCCGUUCAUCUCGUCGGCCGCGGUUCGUAUGGCGUCGUCUGUUGUGCCAGAAAUGCAGAGACGAAUGAGGAGGUGGCGAUUAAGAAGAUCGGAAAUGCUUUCGACAAUAGCGUUGACGCCAAGAGAACCCUCUGUGAGAUCAAGCUUCUCCGCCAUAUGGAUCACGAAAACGUAAUCUGAUUAAUUCCAUUUGUCCCCCAGCCUCGAGAAGAAUGCCGAAAAGGUCGUUCCUGCCCCAGACCAUAAUCUCGAAACUGCCUUUCGCCGCAUC